AGUAAAAUAUAAAAGCAGAGCUGUUUCUGGAACUUCACAAACUCUUCCUCUGAGAUUCUACAGGCGAUAACCAAACCAAGGUUCAUUUCAGGUUCAUCAUGGCAGUGCUGAGAAGUCUAAUGCUUCUUUUCAUCGUCUUCUCCAUGGGGAAUUCAGAAGUUGAUUUAGUCUUGAAAUGCCCCGCUGGAUGGUCAAGUUUUGGACUCCGUUGCUUCAAGUACUUCUCUCAGUCGGUUAACUGGAUCACAGCAGAGAGGAACUGCCAAGGUCUUGGUGCGAAUCUCGCAUCUGUGCACAAUAAACCGGAAAAUGAGUUUCUGCUGGGUCUGUUGCCUUCUUCUUCCACACAUGCUUGGAUUGGUGCUCAUGAUGGUGAACAAGAAGGACAGUGGUUGUGGAGUGAUGGAACUGUGAAUGACUUUACCAACUGGUGCUCUGCAGAACCUAACAAUGUGGGUAGUGAGAACUGUCUGGAGAUCAGCUUUUCCUCUAACCGUUGCUGGAACGAUGAGAGCUGUGCAGACCAAAUGGGCUAUAUUUGUGUAACAGAUGCUUGAGAUCAUAUGCAGGCAUGCUGCUCCAAAGUUACAUUGAUUUUACACUUUCUGAUCUUAUCUUUACAAAAAAUGAUAUUUUAAAAUUAAACUUCAUGUGAAUCUUUUCUAAGCUUUACUCUCUUCCCAAUACCUACUCUGAAACACUCCUCUAAUCAAUAAAAGCAUUAAUAAAGCAAA